AUGAAUGCAGACUAUGAGCCAGCCCUGUUUAAAGAUGGCAAUAAGAUCUUGGCACUGCUCAAGAACAACAAGACAAUAUAUGUAAACACCGAAAAUAAAAAAGACAAACAAAAGAACAAGAAGCAUUUCCAAAUGCUUUUCACAAAUGCAAGCUAUUUCCAGAUAAUAUUUAAAGAAGGAUCGGCUUAUAUUCAAGGACAUUAUGUAGUCCGGUAUUACAUGAAUGGUAGAAUGCCGCCAGAGGAUCCAGAGCCUCUGUCAUUUAGCAUAGGUAAGUGAGUUUCAGUAUAAAUAUAAUUUGAAUAAGAAACCGAGGUUUAAUAAUAAUUAAGUCGCAUAAAAUAUUGGCGAAACAUUUCUUUGUAUAUCUUGUAUAUGAAAUGGGGGUUUAAUAAUAAUUAAGUCGCAUAAAAUAUUGGCAAAACAUUUCUUCAGAUAUCUUGUAUACAAAAUAUUCCUCUGACCUGAAUCUUGGCGAGGUUCUUUGCAUAUUAAAUUUUACCUCCUUUCAUUUCCCAGAUUCUGGACUUUAUAAUUGAGCGGUUUUGAUUUUUAUUUUGAUCUAUUUUGAAUUGUGUGACACUGAAAACCAGCAAUACCUACAGUUGGUUUUGACCUGUAACAAUUUUAUAUGCACCUCAUACCUACCCUGGGUACUAGAGACUUUUCUAGCGCGGUUUGCAGUUUCUGUCAAGUCUUUAUAGUGACCCACUCGUGGCUUCUGCCUAUACAGCCGAAGAUGUGUCUUGGCCAACACCGAAAAUUCCCUCCGCACGCAAGAAAAACCUCUGGUACCCAGGGUCACCUCACAUCUAAAACAGGUAUCUCAAUUUACUAUUAUUUGAAUUUCUUGUCAUCUUUUUAUUUCAAUAUUUUUCUUAGGGAUAGAAAUAGAAGCACAGCUUACAUGUUCAUGUACACUAACACAACAGCUGUACUUCAUGUAACUACUAUAAAUAUUAUCAAAAAUAUUCAUUAAUUACAUUGUACCCAAGCAUGCCAUUAGGUAAUGUUGUGAAAACUGUGAUGUCCUACUCAAAUAAAGUCACUAGUCUACAACUGUCCCAACAAAGAAUGCAAUAUUAUGACAACAAUUUUACCCCUCAUUGGCCCCACCUCCCAUGCCACCCCAUUAAUGGCAAAGCGGUAGCCUGUUCACAGACCUCCAUUUACUCUUAAAAGUCCGCUGAGCACCCAUGAUAAAAAUAAAAACAGUGCGCGUUUAAAUAACCGCUAGCCCAGGGGGGCGGGGAGAAGAAUAUUUUAGUUUCUCUCCAUGUAAGGGAAUCUGGAUUCCGGAAUCUUGGAAAUUUUUGCUUGUGGUAUCCGGAAUCCUGGGCUUUGGAAUCCGAAAUACAGCUAUAGGAACCCCGGAAUCCCACUAUUAACAACUGGAAUGCAGAAUCGAAGUUUCAGCGAAAAAAGGUGUACAAUCUAGUAAUUGGAAUCCUGAAUCAACGGUGUGGAAUCCAGAAUCCAAGACUGUCUUGGAUUCCCUUACAUGGGGCAAAUUUCUUUCUCGUGUACUCGCCAAUUAUUGAAAAGAAAAAAUAAAACAACAUCUGUGUACAUACAGGCUAGCAAAGAUAAGCCAAGUCCUAGCACGACAACCCUUACUCUAGAUAGCAAAUCCAUAAUAUCAAAGCCCUUCCAGCUGUGUUCCUUACACUCUGUUGCCAAAAAGGCCAUCUUUUCCUUACUCCCUUCCUCUAGAAGUUAAUGGGACAUUCAAACGACUCUUCAAAUCGGGAAGCCCUAUUAGUAAGUAGCCACGUGCCCUUUAGCUUGUCACGCUAUCCAUUGUGUACUUAAAAGCUAUGCUGCACCUCAGGUCUUUUAAUUUUUCAAAUACUGCACUCCAAAAAAAAAAAUUAUUCAAACUGCUUCUGUUUACAUUGGAAAUGAAAUCUUGAAUUAUAACUCAGUUUAUGGCUGUAGAAAGUCGUUUACAAACCACUUAAAUGGACAGUCUACCGACACGCUACGACUUCAUACGACAUUUGCUGAUAAGAAGACAUAUUUUAAUAUUUUUAGCAGCACUCCAUGUGACUGAAAGGAAAUGAAGAGAUUUAAUUAUUACAGCACCACAUUAAAUGUUUCAUUUUUAUUGACGACUGUGACUUAUAAUGCUCAAUUAUAAGGUACUGUCUUUCCCCCCCAAAAAGGAAGAAUGUUUUUUGGGGGGACUUCCAAGUCAUUAAUACCCACUUAGCAUGCUCCUGGAGGUUUUAUAGACGUACCAGUUCAUUUUCUAAAGCUAUAGUGUUAUAUAUUUUUUACUUUGCCCCUCACUGUUACCCCAGCCUGUACAUCACCUCCAUCUCCCCACCCCUCCUUGGCAAAGAAGCUGAGUCUUAAGCACUCUAAAACCCUUGAUACAUAAUAUUGAUUAUUUAAUAGCUGAUCCAUUAAAUUGUGUGCAGUAGUGCAUGUGGCAAUCAUCUUCCAUUAUUUUAUGAAAUGACUGCAUAUAUUAAGUACAUUGUCGUCCUUUCAUAUUUUAAUAUUUUUAAUAAUAAUAAUAAUACUGAAUAAUGAUAAUAUUAAAAAUAAUAGUAAUACUUUAUUAAAUGGGGCCGGUAACAUCCUUACCAAUACCGAUGACUCAGUAGUUUACAUAAAUGGCCUAGUUCCCUAAGUUAGUCUAAACUAAAAGUCUAAAACUAGAAUAAUUAUUAAUAAAAUAAUUAAUAAGUAUACUUAAUAUUAAAAUGUUCAGUUUUAGUUCAAGUUUUCCAAUGUAAUUUUCCUUUGGAAGUGAAAGCAUGUCUCAAAGAGAUGGUUUAGUUUUGUUCCACAGACAAGUGGCACUGGAAUAGAAUGUUCUGAGGCCUGAACUUUUCUUGCAGUUAGGCAUGAUAGGAUCAUUAUUUUCUUCUAGAGGUUCUUGUGUCGUAAUUAUGUUAUAGCUACUCUUGACAUAGUUAACAUAGGACAAAAGAUAUUCUGGACCACAGCCAUUACAGAUUUUGUGGAGGAGAGAUAGUUUUCUUGUACAAAUAAUAUCGUCAGUUGUUGGAAGCCAACCUAAUUUAGUAAACAACAUUACCGAAUUAUCCUGAAAAUUAGCAUCUAGUAUAAUUCUGGCGCACUGGGUUUCUGUAAUCAUAACAAUCUGUCCAACUGUUCCUCAACUGGAAAAGUUGUCCCAUACAGUACAACAGUACUAUUCACGAAUUGGUUUUAUGAGGGAAUUAUACAAAUUCCAAGUGAGAUAUUUGUUGAUCCUAAUUCUAAGGAGCUUUUCCCCUAUUGCCUCCUCUAGCUUAAUGUUGUUCAAGAAUAUACUCAUGCAUAUCAAGGUUGUUGGCAAUAUUCUUGUUUCUUCCACAGAGAUUAUAAAUAUCACUGAAGCAAAUUCAACCCAAGGCACUGAGCAUUCCUUAUCCCUUCGUACGGGAGUGCCCUCUCCAAGCAUACCCCUCACAACUAAAACAGGUAUCUCAGUUUAGUAUUAUAAUUUGAAUUUCUUUUGUCAUCUUUUUAUUUCAAUAUUUUGCUCAGGGACUGUAUUUGUAUUUGUAUUUGUUCAUCUACACUGACAAAACAGCUGUUUCUUCUUGUAACUACUAAAUAGUUAAAGUUUAUUAAUUGUUAUGCCCAAGCAGUGCCAUUGGGUCAUCGGUAAUGUUGUGAAAACUGUGAUGUGCUACCCUCUCUAAAUUAAAGUAAGUCACUCUAAGUCUACGACUGCCACAACAAAGAAUACAAUGACACCAGUUUUAAUACAUGUAAUGUUAUUUUACUCUUCUGUUUCUCUGUUACCCCACUUUGCCCCGCCCACUUCCCCACUGCAUGCAGCAAAGCAGUUAAGUCCUAGCACUACACCCCUUACACAUAAUGAUAAGCUGAUCCAUAAUGUGUGUCAUAUUUCAUUUUUGGAGUGACUACAUAAUGCAUGCAUCCCUUUCAUACUCUUCACUGGCACUUUUGUUUAUUCCACAGAAAUCAAUACUACUGCAGAAGCAAAUAUCAUUUCUACCCAAGGCAUGAAUGAAGAGCAUCCCCAACACUUUCAUACGGGAUUGUCCUCUUCAAACACACCCCUCACACCUAAGACAGGUAUCUCAUGUAGUAUUUGAAUUUUUAGUCAUCUUUUUAGUUCAACAUUUUCCCCCAGGUAUGUAUAAAAAAUAAGCACAGCAUUUACAGCUGUUGAUUAAUUCAAUUUAAAUUGCAGGGUUGCAUGUAACUUUGUCAUCGGCACCAAUGGCAUUGUUGCUUAUCUUUCAGGUCCACAGGCAAGAAAAACUGUACCUGUACCUUGGGAAAUCUUUUUAGCGGUGGCUGUAUACGCAAUUGUAUUGGUUGUAAUUCGUUUAUCAGUUACCCUGAUAAGAAGAUUCUGA